UGCUUGGUGUUUCAUCAUAGAUGCACACCUGUCUGGUUAAUGUUGUACUUGAGGAACCUUCGAUUUGCAUAGCUGUGAACGACUGGUUUUGCAAAGUUUCAAGGGAUUCAGUUGCUUUCACUUUACAUGCCUGAUGGGAAAGUAGAACUCUUGCUCUACUGAUGGAGAGUAAUAGGAGUGGUCAGACAAUGGAGGAGUCAUCUGAUGCUGUGGAAGUCAAUGUUAUACCUGAUGAUCCACCUUCAUCACAAGACAUUACUAUUCCAUCUGCGUCAUCCCCAUCUUCUUCUUGUUCUUCAUCAUCAGCUUCGAGAGUCACCCCAUGCCCAAUGCCCAGAGAGUCUGCAGCUUCUUUACCUGUAAAUGAGAUCCCACGGCAAUGGACCUUAGCAAAUAAGCUUAAGGAAUUUGACCAGAGAGUACGCCAGGCAAUCCUUUGUCAUGUAAAUAAGCUUUCGCCCAGACCUUCACCAUCACAUGCAGUCCAAACUGACUCAAGCAGUGUUUCAACAUCAGUAGGUGGGAAUGAACAAGUCAUCCGUAACCUUCAACAGUGGCAACAGAAUGCCAGUAGAUAUAAGAUCAGCAGCAACACAGACCCACUCUCAGACUUAGAGAAGAUUGCUUCAGAAAAGGGCUAUAAAAUUUCUGACAAUCAAGGGUCAGGGAAUUGUAUGUUCUAUGCCUUGUCAGAGCAACUGGAGACUGUCAAAGGAGUAAAGAUCCAUCAUUUUGAAUUGAGGCGGUCCUUAGUUCAGUAUCUAAGAGAGCACCCAAAACAGGUGGAUGGAACAGAUCUGUUUCACUUUGUUGAUAGACACACAACGUGGGGUGGUUACUUAACAGACAUGGAACAAGAUGGCACUUGGGGUGAUCAUGUGAUUCUCUGGGCUGCAGCAAACUGUUAUCAAAUAGCCAUUCAUGUGAUUAGUAGUCUUCCAGGCCAUAGUGAGGUAAUUAUCAAGCCAGAUUGUCCAUUUGACCAAAGCAAGCAUCUUGUACUGGGACAUGUCCAUGAAGUACACUACGUCAGCCUUCAGCCCUUACAAGGUUUAUCAGAAACUAGGGCAACUACACCAGGGAGGGAUAAGAGACCAGCAUCUGUCAGUGCAGAUCAGCCUCGCAAGCAAUUCAGGAAAGAGUUGACUAAUCAUGACUACUGUGAAGUGAACAGACCUCCACAGCUAGCUAUGGACUAUAGGAGGGAGAAUCAGACAGCAGGGGAGUCAACUGCCAACUCCUCAACUGCAAUAUUCAGACCUUUGAAUGUACCAGCAACGUCAGCUUUUCCAUCAUCACAAGCACCAAGUACUCCAGCACAAUCAACAUACUCAAUGCCCAGAGGGUCUGCAGCUUCUUUACCUGCAAAUGAGGCUUGUUAUUCAAAUUUUCCUGUGCCCAGACCUUUGCCAUUAUAUGCAGUUCAAACUGCCUCAAGCAGUGAUUCAAUGUCAGUAGAAGAAAGAAAGAGGAGAAUGUCCCCUGGCUGCAGUUACCAGGAUCCUAAAAAACCCAGAAUUACAUCUGUGGACUUAGCAGGUUUAUUGUUAGACAUAUUGACUAUGAUUGAAUCCUAAUACAAUAUAU